AUGAAGCUGAGGGAAGGCAUGAUGAGUGUAAGGAAAUCAUCUCUUUAUGAGAAUUACUACAAGGAACUUAGAUUAGUUGAUCAUCAACUCUCUGAGCUUAAUACAUUAAGACAGUGGUCUAAACAUCACAAGAACAGAUCUUCUUCAGAUUAUAUGACAUCUAAUCCACACUCUCUACUUUGUCAUGCUGUUCUUGAUCAACAAAAUCAGUCUCAAGCUUCUGCUGAUGACCUGAUAGAUCUCUCUCCUGAUGCUGUGACCUUAAGUACCUGCCAUAUCAAAUUGAUAAAUCAGACAGAGAUUAAUUGA